UUUAACACAAAACUCAAUAUCAUCAUAAGAAACAUAUUUACUUUAGACUAAAAUGAUGGCGACUUCCAGAGAUUUCACGGCAAAAGUAGUGCUCAUCACCGGCUCGAGCAGUGGCAUCGGUGCCCAAACUGCCGUAGAGUUCGCUCGACUCGGGGCUCAAGUGGUGGUCACCGGUCGCAGGAAGGAUAAGGUGUUUGCUGUGGCCAAACAGUGCGCUGAGGCGUCGCCUACCGGUGCUAAAGCCCUGGUAGUGGUGGCCGAUGUCACCAACGAAGACGACUGUCGCCGAUUAGUCUCCGACACUAUUAAGACGUUCAAAAAGUUGGACAUUUUGGUCAACAACGCCGGUCUAUAUUUAGUGUCGAGCAUAUGGGACGGGGAUAUCCUCGAUAAGUAUGAGCCCAUUAUGAACACAAACCUCCGGUCAGUCGUACGGUUGACUCACUUAUGUGUCGAGCAUUUGGAGAAAACUAAGGGUAAUAUCGUUAACAUGUCGAGCAUUGGGGCCUUUAAACCGAGUGGACUAUUGUAUUCAAUGUCAAAGGCGGCGCUGGAUAUGUUCACAAAGUGCGUAGCGCUCGAGUUGGGCCCCAAAGGCAUCCGAGCCAACGUUGUCAAGUAUGCGCUCCCUUAUGUUAAGUUGCUUGGUACUAAAAUACUUUGCCUGAACAUGGAUGUGACAAAAGCCGUGUUGUAUUUGACGUCCGAUGACUCGUCGUUUGUGACCGGAUCCAACUUCGUGGUCGACGGCGGCAAACAAUAUGUCUAA